UGCUAGGUGUUUUGGCGUCUUCCUGUGGAUGGUUGCUAGCAGGUGGUACUGUGCUGUUAUUAGCCACGCAGCUAGCUAACGUUACAUUUGAGAUUCUUGCAGAAAUUAUAAAAUGUUGCCUGUGCUUAUACUAAAUUAUAAAUCCAUACGAGUCAAUGAGUUGCUAGCAUCGUAACAAAUGCCAAUGUGAAUAAGGCCGAGUAUUGACAUGAAUUCGAGGGAAACUUUGGAAAUGGGGGACAUCUUGGCAAAUGAAGCUGAUCUACUAGGAAUGAUCAAGGAGUAUUUGAAGUUUGGAGAAUUUGACGAAACACUGAGACACUUUGAGAAAGAGUGCAAAGGCAAAAGAAAGCUUGUUCCAAAACCUCAAGGAAACGCUCUGAGGGAUUCCAAAACCCUCAUUAUUCAGAAAGACCUGCUUAGCUCAUUUGACGAUGGAGACCAGAAGGUUUUCUUUGAGCUGUGGACAGAGUAUGUGCCUUCAGAGGUCCGGGACUAUGAGCCCCUCGCUCAGAAACUGGAGUUUUACCUCCAUAUCCACUUCACUCUGUUUCCUCUGAAGAACCCCCUUGGGAGACAUGACCGGGCAGAGUUUGAAGGAAGGAUCUCCCACUUCAAGCAUUACCUGGAGACUCGGGGGGCCGCCCUGAGCCAGACCACUGAGUUCCUGCCCUUCUACGCCCUCCCCUUUGUCCCCAAUCCCACAGUGCACCCCUCCUUCAGAGACCUCUUCCAGGAAUCCUGGAUGCCAGAUUUGAAGAGGAAGCUGGAGCAGUUUCUGUCUGUGACUUUGAAACCCUCCAAUACCCCAAGGCUGCUGACUUUAUAUAUGGAGGGCGGGAGGAGUGCCAAAGACACCAUGCUGAAUUUGCAGCUCCAGCUUGCCGAGUCAGAGAGGAAAGCUUCCAACUACAUGAAGAGGUUAAACAAAAUGCAGGUCGACUAUCACAACCUGAUAGGAGUUACCGCCGAGCUGGUGGACUCACUGGAAGCUACUGUCAGUGGGAAAAUGAUCUCCCCAGAGUACCUCCAGAGUGUGUGCGUGCGCCUGUUCAGCAGCCAGAUGAGGCAGAGCGCGGCCCAGAGCAUCGACUUCACCAGGCCCGGCACUGGAUAUUACUCUAUGAGUCCGUAUGAUGACGGCUAUGCCUCGUCCAUGCUCAGAGCCUCUAUCGUGUCACCGAGGCUUAAGGAAGUGCCUCUUCUGCCUUCUCUGGACUACGACAAGCUAAAGAGGGACCUGCUUGGAGGGUCAGACCGACUCAAAGGCCUGCUACUUCAGGCCCUGCGCUGGAGGCUGACCCGCUCCCUCCACGGAGAGCAGAGGGACACGGUGCUGCAGGCCUACAUCAGCAACGACCUCCUGGACCGCUACAGCGCCGGGCAGAGAACCGUACUCCACUUGAUGAGGUCAAAGAACGAGGUCGUCCGCCAGUACAUGGCUCGUCUCAUCAAUGCUUUCGCUUCCCUCGCAGAGGGGCGUGUGUACCUGUCCCAAGUCCCCUCUCUGUUGGGGCUUCUGAGCGAGGCCUUGAGGUUGGAAGACAAAGACUCAGUGACCAGAGAGAAUGUUCUAGGAGCCCUCCAGAAACUCAGCCUGAGGCGGAGCCAGCAGUCGUCCAUGAUCGCUGACGACCUGAUUGGCUGGCUGGUGGAUGAGCUGCAGGAUUCCGACUGUCUGUCUGACUAUACCCUGGAGUACGCCGUAGCCUUACUCAUGAACCUCUGCCUGCGUACCAAAGGAAAAAGGAAGUGCGCUGAGAAUCCAAAACACGUGCUGAAGGUGUUGACAGACCUCCUGGGACACGAGAACCAUGAGAUUCGGCCAUAUGUGAACGGAGCCCUGUACAGCAUUCUGUGUGUUCACGCCGUGCGAGAGGAAGCCAGAGAGAUGAGUAUGGAGGAGAUACUCCACUGCUACAGUAAAGAGGAGAACCCAGAGCUCAACAGGCAAAUUGAGUUCAUCAUCAAGCAGCUCAAUUCAGGUGAGGUGACAGAUGUGGGACCAGAGUCUGAUGACGAGGAGGAGGAUGACGAUGAGGAGGAAGACACGAUGGAGACCGACCUGGACAAAGAGGAAGUGCUUCAACCCCAGCCCCGAGAGCUCUCUGGAGAAGCGCUGCUCACCACAGAGUACCUAGGGAUCAUGACCAACAUGGCGAGGUCGAAAAGAAGGUCGACCACUCCAGCUGCACAGUGUGUUGAUGAACCCCUGCAGAGACCGGCUACCCCCAGCUCGCACAGAAACGCUCACGCCAUGGACUUCCGAGCUGGUAGUGAUGAGGGUAACAGAGGAGGAGGAGGGUACCUCCUGAGAAGAGCGCCAAGUGAUGAGAGCCUGGCCCCGUUCCACUACAGCUCCAGGCCCCCCACGCGCUCAGGCAGCCGACCCAGCAGCACCGACUCCCUACGCCACACCAUCGACUCCGAGGAUGGACGCUUCUCCCAGGAUUCCGAGUUGGACGGCUCAGAUGAAGGAAGAGGCGAAGAGGGGAGGCGAGAGGAAAGCAACGGGCUUUCCCCCAGGGAACACCUCCCCGGCUUUACAAGCCGGCCCAAGAUUCCCCGCACACCCGAGAGUGACGCAACGCCCCCUGGCUCGGAAGGCAGUGGGACGAGGAGGGGUCGCGUCCCACCGCUGGCCCCCCAGUUCUCCCAGCGGGAGCCCCAGCAGAGCAGCCGGCCCACUUCAGCCGGCUCCGUAGGAGGGGGGGGAAGACAGAGCAGCCAGUCACACAGGAAGUGAAGAAGGGACCCUGUCAUCGCGGAAGCUGCCUAUCUCCCCACGAGCAUCCAGCUUCCUGUAACUCUAUCCGCAGGUCAGGGCAACAUGACGGUGGGGAUCGGCUUGUGGAGGAGGAGAGGUUGGAGGCGGAGAAAGGGGGGGAACAAUGCAGGAUUGUGUCUCUUCAGAGGGGCCCCCUUUCAACCUCAGCACAGUGCAUGUCUGUAACACAACACGCCUGGGCAAUAAGCACAACAAGCCCCCCCCCCCCUUUUCCCGCAAGGAAAUAUAUUUCCUUGUUGGACUAUGUCAAUACACACCUCUUUAACUCUAUUCUCUAAUAAAUGAGUCACUUUAGAAUACUGUACCUGGCAAUAGAAUCAGAACGCUUCUGGUAUGCUACAGGUCAGACCUGGCUAACAUACACAACUAUGGGAUGUCUUGACUGAUAAGGAAUGUUGUUUCAAGGCUUGUCUAGCUUUGCUUUCUCGUUCUUUCA